UGUUGGACAGAGGAACAUCAACUUAUUAAAAAACAAUCGUCAUCUAAUUGGGCCAUACAUAACGCGAGCCGUGAGAGGGGGGUCUGUAUGGGGAUUUUUCGGGUUUUGGUCUAUAUCAAAUCAUGUAAUGAUGUGUUGCUAUGGGGAUAAGUUAUGGAAAAUUUUGCAUAGCUUUGUGAAAAACAUGCACAGCUGUCAUUAAAUGCAACAAUAAGUUAGCAAUAAUAAUUUGGGACUCUGCAUGGGGGAUAAAAGGUUACUUGAAAAUGAAUUUCACCUCCCAUGCUUUACACAUAUAUCGUUGCUUUUUCAUUUGGACGAGUGCGUUACUUACUAAAUAACUGUGUACAUUUACGUUGAGGUAAAUAAUUUUAAAGGGCUGUGUAUGGGGUUUAUCAGAACUAUAAUACUGUAAAUGCAGAAAUGUUCGCGGUGGAUUAUUGUUCGCGGUUUUUGCAGUGACCACUUUACCGCGAACUUAAACAACCGCGAACAUUUUUCUAUUAUGGUAUUAGACUGCAGUCUAUGGUAUUACCGCGAAAUUAAAUCCCCUCGAACUUAAAUGCAUUUACAGUAUACAGGUCACAUGGGUGCAGAGCUACCUCAUGUUGACAAUUCAUUUAAAAAGAUCAUAACAAACUUUUAAGUUUGUUAUGAUUCUUAUCUAUGACAUUGUCUGUGCACAUUUCCUGUCAGAUUAGGAUUAGCACAGGUAUACUGCCAGUGUGAUGGCCCAGUAUUGAAUAAUUGUCUUGCACUCGUUAGUUUUUGGGUUUGAUCCUUGUCUGUGUCAUACCAAAGACAUUAAAAAUGGGAAAAACGUUAAAAGAUGUAAUUAUUAGAUGUGUACUAUUACUUUGGCGAUAUUUAAUUGAAACCACUUUUUUAUGCCUUAGAGUAAAUCCUUUUAUCUUAGGUUAGGAACUCAUGGGUUGUCAGCAAAGCAUUCCACUCGUUUGAUAAAUUGCAAAAAGUAAUGUCAACCCUUCCACACUCCCCCUGUCUGGGACUGUGCAGUGUAUGUUGUUCUUUGGUCUGGGUUAGCAGACAUUGGGGUCAUGCUAAAGAUAAGGAUCUGACAAGCUCUUUGGCUGCCAUGUGGUUUCUUUAGGGGAUUCUGAGCACAGCUACAUGAUUAAACGCAACUCUGAUCUAACUCUGAUAAAUGUGUCAGAUGGAAAGAAUAUUUGUUUUGCCCAAUUUGCAUUGAAUUUUUGGACGUAUAUAUUUCUUAAUUUCCACCGGUUAAAAUGAUGUCCGAAGAUUACUCCCUACUUGCAAACAUGGCAAUACCCCAAAGAUACCCUUCGACAGGGUGUGGGCCAUGCACUGAAGCUUGAAAAUAGUGUAGCUGUCCUCUAGCCAACAUGAGUUGUUCAUUUGGAAGCCCAGAUUCAGAGUGUGGUUUGUCACGUUACUACCCUGAAGACAUAUCGGUCAUACCACUGUCUGCUUGUAACAAGGAUGUAACAAAUUACCUAGCUACAUUAGGUCUCAGUGGACGUGGCCACGGUCAGACAGACCUGAGCGAGCAGGACCUCAUUCUGAAUAGAUCAGGGCGAUUUGGGUUGUCUGAGGAAGAAAAGAACAACUUGACAGUAUGCCCAAAGCAUCGGUAUGACCUGACAACACGCUGGACCGGAGGCAGGAGAAACACAUGUGCUCACCCUGAACACGUAGGCAGGAAAACUGCCCUGAAAGAACCAAGGCGUGUGCCAAUGUUUCUGUCUACACAGAUGUACAGGACAUACAACACAGUAGUGCCAGUUGGCUCUGCCAUGUGCAAUCCAUGCAGGAAGCGAGCAGUUAAGGAUGCAGAAAGGGACGUGGAAAGACCCACUGGUUCCCAGGAUCUUUCGUCCGAUCAGCCUGGACCAAGCUCAUAUCCGCAAAGUACCAUGGGACCACCGUCACAACCAGUAGGGACUGCUGCAUCUACUUCAACUGCUUUAAAGGCCACCUCCCAAGUAAGCUCCAGCGAGUCGUCAUCAGUCAUAUCGGAGACUCCUAUCGUUGAAACGACGUUUGAGUCACAGAGCAGCUCAACAAGCGAAGGAGAAGCGAACAUUAGCACUUGGGUCGAUGAACAACAUCAACAAGAGCAGAACAGGGAAGCCCUGAACAAAGCUGUAGAUCAAAUCACCGAGGGGAGAAUCAGUCCUCUGCGAUCCAGUCUUAACACUCCAUGGGAAGAAGUAAACUGA